GGGGCUAUUCUCUCUCCCAGGAACAUGGCGGCGAGUCAGGGAGGUGGUGGUAACGGUGGGGGCGGCGGUUGUGGUGGAGGUGGAAGUAGCUGUGGCGGUGGCGCGGCCGGAGGGGGAGGUGGUGGAGCCGGAGUGGGAGGCGGAGGCGGCGGCGGGACCCUGGUGGUGCCCAUCCCGGUACCGACUCUUUUCGGUCAGCCGUUCCCCAACGGGCCGCAGUGGAACCCGGGGAGCCUGCAGCCUCAACACACCGUGAGGAGCCUGGACCGGGCCCUGGAGGAGGCGGGCAACUCCGGCAUCCUGAGCCUCAGUGGUAGGAAACUCCGAGACUUCCCGGGCAGCGGCUACGACCUGACGGACACCACCCAAGCAGAUCUUUCAAGAAAUCGUUUUACAGAAAUUCCUUCUGAUGUCUGGUUAUUUGCACCUCUUGAAACGUUAAAUUUAUAUCAUAAUUGCAUCAAAACCAUUCCUGAAGCCAUUAAAAACCUACAGAUGUUAACAUACCUUAACAUUAGUCGAAAUCUUUUAUCAACAUUGCCAAAAUACCUAUUUGAUCUUCCCCUUAAAGUUUUGGUCCUCAGUAAUAAUAAACUGGUAUCCAUUCCAGAAGAAAUCGGGAAGUUAAAAGAUUUAAUGGAAUUGGAUAUUAGCUGCAAUGAGAUUCAGGUUCUUCCCCAACAAAUGGGAAAAUUACAGUCACUUAGAGAGCUAAAUAUAAGAAGAAAUAAUCUUCAUGUGUUGCCAGAUGAAUUAGGAGAUCUUCCCUUAGUCAAGCUGGAUUUCUCUUGUAAUAAAGUGACAGAAAUUCCAGUUUGUUACAGGAAGCUGCAUCAUUUACAAGUAAUAAUUUUGGAUAACAAUCCACUGCAAGUACCACCAGCACAGAUAUGUUUAAAAGGUAAAGUACACAUAUUUAAAUACUUAAAUAUCCAAGCAUGUUGCAGAAUGGAUAAGAAACCCGAUUCUCUGGAUCUUCCAUCAUUGAGUAAAAGAAUGCCCUCCCAACCUCUCACAGACAGUAUGGAAGAUUUUUAUCCAAAUAAAAAUCAUGGCCCUGACUCUGGAAUUGGAAGUGAUAAUGGAGAGAAACGAUUGUCCACAACGGAACCAUCAGAUGAUGACACAAUCAGCCUUCAUUCUCAAGUCUCAGAAUCAAAUAGAGAGCAGACAUCAAGAAAUGACAGUCACUCAGUAGGAAGUAAACCCGACCCUCAGAAAGACCAGGAGGUGUAUGAUUUUACUGAUCCCAACACAGAUGAUGUAGCAGUCCCUGAACAAGUUGAUGCUCAUAUUGGAUCAUUUGUUGCUUUCCUUAAGGGAAAAGAAAAAGGUCCUGAAAAAUCUCAGAAAAAUGAAGAAUUGGGAGAUGAAAAAAGACUUGGGAAAGAACAAUUACUUGCUGAGGAAGAGGAUGAUGGUUUGAAGGAAGUUAAUGAUUUGAGGAAAAUAGCCGCUCAGUUAUUGCAGCAAGAGCAGAAGAACAGGAUUCUUAAUCAUUCAACUUCUGUCACAAGAAACAAGCCAAAACAAACUGUGGAAUGUGAAAAGAGUGUCUCAGCAGAUGAAGUUAAUUCACCAUUAUCACCCCUCACAUGGCAGCCCUUAGAAAAUCAAAAGGAUCAAAUAGAUGAACAACAGUGGCCAGAAUCUCAACCUAUAAUAUGGCAGAGUGAAGAAAGGAGGCGGAGCAAACAGAUUAGAAAAGAAUAUUUCAAGUAUAAAUCAUCAAGGAAGAGUUCAAGUGGCAAUGAAAACGAUGAGCAAGACAGUGAUAAUGCUAAUAUGUCACCACAAUCUCCAGUAUCAUCUGAGGAGUAUGAUAGAACUGAUGCUUUUUCACAUGGUCCCUUUGGCUUGAAGCCUAGAUCAGCUUUUAGCCGCUCAUCUCGCCAGGAAUAUGGGGCAGCAGAUCCAGGUUUUACAAUGAGAAGAAAGAUGGAACAUCUACGGGAAGAACGAGAGCAAAUACGACAACUUCGCAAUAAUCUCGAAUCCAGGUUAAAAGUAAUUUUGCCUGAUGAUAUUGGAGCUGCACUGAUGGAUGGGGUUGUUCUUUGCCAUUUAGCCAAUCACAUAAGGCCACGCUCUGUAGCUAGUAUUCAUGUGCCAUCACCAGCAGUGCCUAAACUUAGCAUGGCAAAAUGUCGAAGAAAUGUAGAAAAUUUUCUUGAUGCAUGUAAAAAGUUGGGUGUCUCACAGGAAAGACUCUGUUUGCCUCAUCAUAUUUUGGAAGAAAGAGGUCUUGUGAAAGUUGGUGUCACAGUUCAGGCUCUUCUUGAAUUACCUACAACGAAGGCAUCUCAGCUUUCUACGGCUUGAUAUAACAUUUAAAAAUCAUAAGUGUCUAGUUUCAUUUAUUUGAAGUGAUUUCAGAUAUCUCAAAUUUAAGAAUAAAGGUGUCUAAUCAAAAAUAAUUUUAUUAGAUCAAGCCUUAGGUUUAAGAAAAAUUAUGUUAAAACAUUAAAAUUCAAUUUUGCAUUGCCCAAACUUCUCUUGGGGGAAAACUGGAUCAACUUAAGAGUUUUUGAUAAAUUCAAAUUCUCUUUUUACUAAGUCAGCUGAUAACCUUGAUUAUUUUUCAAUGAUCAGAUUAACACUAAAUUUAAAAUGUGGUUUCAAUUGAAUAAUCACAUUAGGUUUAAU